AUGUAUAUCAGCGGUCCCCAAACCAACGGGCUGCAGUACCAGUACCGGGCCGUGGGUCAUUCGUCUGGUUCCAGUACAGCACCUGCACAGGUGGACCCCUCCACCUCCUCCUCCGUCUCCUCCUCUACCUCCACCACUACCACCACCAAGGCGGAGGAGAAGAAGCUUUUAUCUAAAGACUCCAUCCUGUCUCUGUAUGCCAGCAGCUCAGUGGGCAGUCAGCCGCAGAGCCAGCAACAGCCGGCUCCAGGACAAGGUGUGUACAUGGGGCAGCCUCAGAUGCAGUUUGCUCCACAGGGCUUUGCCCCAGCGAUGGGAGGAGGGGUCCCGCCUACCACCAUGAUGGGUGGAGGGGCCAUGAUGUCUGGCAUGGCGCUGCCAAACGGGGGCUACAUGGGCAUGCAGCAGCAGGGCGUGCUGCCAGCCAACCAAGGACAGAACAUGUACAACAUGCAGCAAGGACAGCAGCAAGGACAGUGGAAUAUGAGCCAGAUGACCCAGCAGAUGUCAGGCAUGGCUCUGAGCGGUGGAGGGCCGACGCCUGGCACUUUCAACCAGUCAGGCGCCCCCUCGGCCGGUUGGCCCGCUGCUCCACCGCCAGCCUCAGGCCAGACCCUCAGCACCCAGCUGUGGAAGUGACGACGACGACGGGCUCCAGGGGAGGAGUUGGAGGUGGCGGGGGGCAGUGGAGGGCAGUCACGUGGCCGUAAAACAGCCAAGUUUACUCCCAACCCACCCGUCUCCUCACAGCUCCGAAUAAAGAACGCACAGCGGGGGCAGUUUGACUGCCCGAAGCGCCCCUCCCAAACCCAACACACCUUCACCGUGGUUCCUUUAAAAAGCCAAGACGGCAUCACAGUGGACGGAGUGAGAAAAAAAAAAAAAAAAACGACUGGCAGCUGUUGUCUCGCGUCUUUAUUUAACUCUCCUCUUCUUUUUCGGUUUCCUUUUGUUGUUGUCGUCUGAAGAAAGAGACAAAAACAGCAGAGCAGGCAGAGCAGAACGCUGCUGGACCAACAUCAAGUGUCUGUGAUACUAAUAUUAUAUCAUUACCAAAAUGGAUAGUUAGUGAAUAGUCUUUCAGUACUUACAGUAGAUAUGGCUAUCUUGUGGUUGGUCUAUGCUACCCUGUCCUCACCCCUCUCUCUCUCUGCAGUGCUUAUUGUAA